UGUUCCCGAGCCUUCCAUGCAUAUAUGACAGCUCCAUUGUCCUUUGUCCGCGCCGUCUACUAGACCUUUCUGCCCUCUCUUCCUCCUCCUCCUCCUCUUCCUGAAACGUUCCAGAAGCACUGUGCACACACCUGUGCCUCUUUGCUCCAAGACGAGACAGAUUCCAUCUGGACUGUGCUCUCCACACCCGUCCGGUUCGCCAGCGUCCAACCCCGCGAUAUCUGGAUAAGCUUGAGCACCACCACCAUCAUUACGACCUUUAGCCCGCAGCGCCAGACCGCAGGCACGGGCUACCACAUAGUUCCUUCCCCGCAAGGAGCAGCGACACGGCGACGACAAAACCCCGGUGCAACUUCAUCGCGCAAAACUACGAGAAGAACAACAGUAGGGAGAAGACCUACAGAUCCGCGCGCGACAACCCUCCUCCGCCGUCAUUGCAGCAGCAGCAAACCCCAGCGAGAAAAAUAUAAAAGAGGAAUAUAAACAAGAGGAUGGCGACAUCAGAGACGGCCAAGUCGGGCGACUUGCGGCCGCGCAUCGUAGGCGCCGACACCGGGCCUGAGGCGCCGUUCCCGCUGCACAUGGAGGGCACGGUUAUUUCCGGGUUCGGGAGGGGUUCGAAGGAGCUCGGCAUCCCUACUGCCAACCUGCCCGUCGACAGCGCCGUGACUCCCUGGAUCGAAGACGCAAAGUCGGGCGUCUACUUUGGCUACGCAUCCCUGGCCCUGCCCGCGGGCCACCCCGAUCUCUCCUCCUCCGCAACGACUGGCGACACCACCGCCUUCCAGACCUACCCGAUGGUCAUGUCGAUAGGGUACAACCCGUUCUACAAGAACACGGUGCGCUCCGCCGAGGUGCACGUGCUGCACAGGUUCCGGGCCGACUUCUACUCGGCUCCGAUGCGGCUCCUCCUGCUGGGCUACGUCCGCGACGAGCUCGACUACAGCGGCCUCGAGGCGCUCAUCAAGGACAUCAACAUUGACUGCGAGGUUGCGAGGAACAGCCUCGCCCGGGAGGCAUGGAGGCCCAAGGAAGGGGUCCUCGUGGUGCGUGAGGGAGAGGGCGAGGGCAGUGGAGAAGUAGGACGAGGGGAAGUUGUCGUUGAGACGGGCAGCCUGGACGGGUCGUGGCUGGUGAGGCCAUUGGAAGCGUAAAAAUAGUGGUUACCCGUAACGCAAGGAAUACCUGGUGCACGACACGUUUGUUGGCCACGCCUGGGUUAGGAAGGAAACGCGCAGGAAUGGAAAGGGGGUUAGAGAUAAAAGAUAGAACGCGAACAACUAGGACUUGCCAGCAGCAAGCGGAAAGAAAGUAUAGAUAGACGGCAACAAGAGGACUCUUUCUGUA